CGGGAAGACAACCAUACACACACUUUCCCGACUAUCUUCACCAAAGUUUGAGGUUUUUUGGGCCAACCAGUUCCACGUGUGGGAAAGCUGAUUUCUUUCACCCAAGUUUUAUCAGGAGCUGCUCAGAUGUGGUGGGUUGCCAGCUGGUUGGCAGGGAUGGUUGCCGACACGGACAAGAUGUUGUGGGCGGCGUGUGUCGCCCUCAUCUGCUGCGUGUGCGCGCUGUGGGCGUGGCAGCUCUCCAUCAGGAACCUUCCACCAGGACCCUGGGGACUUCCCCUGGUGGGCUACCUGCCCUGGCUGGACCCAGUCGCCCCUCACUUGACUAUAGUGAAGCUGGUGGAGCGUUAUGGUCGUGUGUUCAGCCUUAAGUUGGGCAGCGUGUUGGUGGUUGUGAUGGUGGAUCCUCAGGUCAUACGCGACACACUAAGUCAGAAGUCCACUACGGGACGAGCGCCUCUCUUCCUCACCCACGGCAUCAUGAAGGGUUACGCCUCCACAUGGGAUAUUACACAGUACAUGCCGGGAGGGAGUUACUGCAGUUCUGGUCUUGAUUUGAUGAUUGAUGGAGGUGGCAUCGUCUGUGGCUUCUCUGAAUUUACGUCUUGA